AACAAUAACAAUAACACCACUGUGUGAUCCCUCCAAUUUGAAAGCAGCGCAAUGGUCUGGGAAGAGAGCAUAGUGCAUGACGUGAGGCUAUCCUCGGUUGGGCCGGGUCAGAUGACCGGGUCGGAUGUGUUUCACCACCCGGGUGGGUUGGACUUGGCCAUGAAACUGCACUAUCUCAGAGUUGUGUACUUGUUUGAUAGUGAGGCUUCGAAAGAUGUAACCAUAAUGAAAAUAAAGGAUGCGAUGUUCAGCUGGUUCAACCAUUAUUUCAUCACCUGUGGCAGGUUCCGGAGAUCAGAGUGUGGUAGGCCCUUCAUCAAGUGUAAUGACUGUGGUGCAAGGUUCAUCGAAGGAAACUGUUCUAAAACACUUGAGGAGUGGCUAGCCAUCAAGGACUGCUCCCUCUACAAGUUCCUUGUUUCUCACCAAGUCAUUGGUCCUGAACUCUCUUUUUCUCCUCCUGUUCUGUUUCAGGUAACUAGAUUUAAGUGCGGUGGAAUUUCAUUGGGUCUAAGUUGGGCCCAUAUAUUGGGGGACCCACUUUCAGCUUCAGAAUUUAUAAACUCAUUGGGCCGAGUAAUGAAUGACUUGGGCCUUAAAUUGCAUUCCAACAUCCCAAGAUGCGUCCCAGCACCCGGACAACCCGGACCCCAAAAGGAUCCAAUUUCAGCAAAACGGAUUGACCCGGUUGGUGAUCACUGGAUCCCAGCCAACAACAAGAAAAUGGACACAUUCUCCUUCCACAUAACAAGCACACAAUUGAACUACUUGCAAGCACAAAUCUGGGGUCCGAGUCUCCACCAAACCCCUGGUUUUGAAUCCGUAUGUGCCAUGAUUUGGCAUUGUGUAGCCCGGGUCCGGACAAAAUCCGAACCGAAAACCGUAACCGUGUGUCGAACCGACCCGUAUAGGAAGGACAACGAUAACAUUGGUAACAACCAAGUUAUAUGCAAGGUUGAGGCUGGAAGUGAAUGUUGCAUUGUUGAGAGUGAUUUGAGUGUUUUGGCAAGAAUGCUUGAGGAUGAAGGUGUUGAUGAGAGGAAAGAAAUUGAAGAAGCAAUUGAGCGAGACGAAGGUGUGAGUGAUUUGUUCGUGUAUGGUGCGAAUUUGACAUUUGUGGACUUAGAAAAAAUCAAUUUGUAUGAUUUGCAAUUGAAGGGACAGACGCCAAGAUUUGUUUACUACACGAUUCAAGGUGUUGGAGAUGAAGGAGCUAUUUUGGUGUAUCCGGGGCCACAUGAUGGGAAGUUUGUGACCAUGAUUUUGCCAGAGGAUGAAAUGCCCAAGCUUAAAUCUGAACUCAAGAUCAAUGGUCUUCUGCUUGAGGAUAAUUAAGUUUUAAUGAUAUUAAGUGUUUGUCAGAGAAUAAAUUUCUUUUUGUUUAUUUUGUAGGGUAUGUUUAGUUUGCGGUAUCUUAAUUCAUUGGUUUGAUGUUGUGCCUAACGUUAAACGCAUAUGUGUAUGGGGUGAUCGUUCUUCUUGCUUUGUUGUUAAAAUAAUGCUUUUUUAGUAAAGAGAAAUAAUUUAUUUUUAUUGUAUUUGAA